AGUUUCACUUGGACACAAGGAUCUUGACCUGAGGGCAUCAGAAUGUUUCUGCCAGUACCCAUCUUCACUCUCACCAUCCUAAACGCAGAUUUGUCCAGCUGAGACAUGUUACGAUUUUUGUGUACGGCAGGGGCGCUAGGACCGUGAGGGAGAGCGUCUCUAAACGUAUUUUCAGUAACAUUUUCAGAAAGUUAUUUGUAAGCGCCUUUGAGCCGAACAGCGGUUGAAGCUACUCACACGGACGGACAGUGACAUUGAGUAGGAAUGAAUACAACCCUAUAGUUGACUCUCAUCAAUAAACUUUGCUUGGACCGAAUUGAUUUCGACACGUUAUCAAAGUGGCGCCUUGCUCUCUGCGGGACUGUGAAGAGAGAGAGAGAUAACGUUACCUGUCACACUGAAGCGAUGGGAGAAAUCUGGAGAAUUGAGAUGCCCGGUAGUUUUGAAGGGGGCGAAAACGUGAAUUGGAUUUAAACACAGAUUCUAACUGUUUAACAAAAAGCCCAGCCCCACUGCAUUUUUCAGUAUGUUCAGUAUACUGCCUCCCAGCACUAUUCUGCAGUAUUGGUGAAUCGCAAUAGUGACAGGGCAAGGUAAACAUCAUCUGUUGUCUUUGGGGUCUAACAACAACCCAAGGAGUGGACACGGGACAAUACUACAUUCACUCAUGAAUGACAAAAGACCCAGUGAGGGGGUUUUCAGGACAAAGCUCUGGCCCUGGGAAGCAGGUUGUUCUCAGAAUUCCAGAGCCUUCACUCAAGGGUCAAAGAUGAGAUGAAGAAUGCCGAUGACAGCAUUCAGUGUUUUGCUCAAUGACCAUGUCUCCACAUCCAAACUCUGGCCUGGCUCAUCUCUCCAUCUUAGCCCUGCUCCUCCCCUUCACUCUAUCAUCCCGAGCUCCCCCUCACCACCUCCCCUCACUGGUGCCCCAUGCACCCCUGCCCCUCUCCCGCUCUCGCUUCAGUUCCCAGACUCAACUGGACUUCACCACUCACUGCAAUGCCAGCUGCUACAAGGGAGAGCAAGAGAGCAGGCGAGAGCACUUGACUGAGCAGCUGGCCUUCGAGACGCUCUACGCAGACGGUUCUCGUACCCUCACCACUGUGGAUGUGGAGGAUGAUUAUGAGGGCACCAUCAGUCCUGCCAUUCAACCUCCACCAACGAGAGGACGUAGAGUUACAAGUAGGCACAGGCGUCAGAAACGACAGAUCUACGGGGCUGAUGGGCGCUUCAACAUCCGCGGUGACCACUUCCUGUUGGACUACCCAUUCUCCACAGCUGUGAGGAUCUCCACCGGCUGCACCGGGGUCCUAGUAUCUCGACGCCAUGUCCUGACCGCCGCCCACUGUGUGCAUGAUGGGAAGGAUUACGUCAAGGGAGCCCGUAAGCUGAGGGUAGGUUUCCUGACUCCUCCGUACAUCAACGGCACCAAGCCCAGCCAGACCCCCACCAAGAAGCCCCUGGUGCGCUGGGUCCGGGUCAAACGCACCCGUGUCCCCAAGGGCUGGAUCCAGGGCCCCCAGGAGGUCAGUAUGGACUUUGACUACGCCCUCCUGGAGCUGCGCUGGCCUCACCGCCGGCCCUUCAUGCGUCUGUCUGUGGCUCCCUCCUCUGACGACCUGGCAGGGAAACGCAUCCACUUCUCUGGGUUUGACAGUGACAGGCCUGGGGAGCUGGUCUACCGCUUCUGUCCUGUAGAGGACGAGUCUAACGACCUGAUCUACCAGCACUGUGACGCCCGGCCGGGGGCCAGCGGCUCGGGGGUGUACGGCCGCGUGUGGGACACGACUCUGGAACGCUGGGAGAGGAAAGUCAUCGGCAUCUUCUCUGGACACCAGUGGCUGGAGAUUGAUGGGGAGAACCGCGACUACAAUGUGGCUGUGAGAUUCACCCCGCUGAAGUUUGCCCAGAUCUGUUACUGGGUGCAUGGGAACCGAGUGGACUGUAGUCAGGACUGAGAGAAAGGGAGGGGAGGGGGGGCCUAAAAGGAGGCUAUGAAGCCCAUGACUGAUAACUAAUUAAAGUAAGCACAAAAUCCCUUAAAGGCGAUGUGGAGAGAAAAUGACUCCCCAACUCAUUCUAUAAAGGGUAAGCGUGAAACUGGAUUUAAUCCUAAUAAAGAUAAAAAAAAUCUACAAUACCAUCGAAGAAAACAGGACUGCUAAACCUUCACGGGCUGUAACAGGUUUUCCUCAGAGGUGUCAACCACUGUGACUAGGAGCCUUGCUGUUUUAUAACUAUGGUAGGAGCCAUUAACUUUCUACUAUGGAAGAGUAUUGAACAGCUUUAGCCAAUGGAGCAAGUACUGGACUUAUUUUCUUUAGAUAUACUCACCCAUUGUUCUCUAUAAUACUGUGGCUGCAUGCUAUUCAACAUUUAGGAUCAAAUGUGUGGGUGUGGAGUUGAUUUUACAAAGAGAUGUGGGGAGGGGACGGUUUAUUUGUUUAGGUAAUGUCACUUAAGGAUGUGAAUGAUUUGAGUACAGGAACUUCUCAUUCUGGGUUAGAAAGACAUACUCAUUCCCAAUGAUCCACAGAGGCAUACCUAGCCACACUGACAAGAUACAGAGCCUCAAUACACCAAACAUGUCAAAAAGGGUCAAAGGUAUCGAUGGUGAAAUCAAUGAAAGUCCAAUUCUGAAAACCUAAGGGAGUGUCUUACUCUGAAAGCUUGCAGCAUAAACAACUUGCGUUCAAGCGGGUUAGGGGAGAAAAUGUUGGUGAUAUUUUUUUAUGCCUAUUUUAAUAAAUGAAGAGAUUUAUCAUAAA